GAACUGAUUUGUCGUACCAUGUGACCUCGAAAUCUGGAUUUGUAUUUUAGAUGCGUCUGCUCAACCCUUGCACUUAGACCUCCAAAUAUACUUUCAUCAACAGUCUCAAAAUAAUGAAAAAAUGAAUAACGCAUCAGCCAGCUCAUUAGGCAAGAGGAAAAUUUCCGAAGUCAGCGAAGACAUAUUGCCAACUUCAAGUAAAGCAAUCAAGAUCGAAAUUUCUGAUGAUAUCGAAGAGCGCGUGGAUAUUGAUCGUGCCGAAGCUACCAUGACGCCUUCAGUGAAGUCCGAACAAUCAACAGUUGAAAUUGAAGAGUUUGAUGUGCAAUCGCAUAUCUCUGAGCUCUACAGAUUUAUUAUCAGUGAACGUGCACUUGGCCGUGCCCCUAUGAAGAUUCAGAGACUUAUCAAUUUAGAUUCUGCGUCCAGAAAUUUCUAUGCGUCAUCCAUACGUGAUUGGAUUGACCAGGAGCAGAACGAAUUUGUGGAGCGACAUGCCGUCAAACCAGAUACCAGAACCAAUUUCAAAGGAACCCGGAAAUACCUUGCGGAUAUCGGCAGACUUUCACGUAUGUCUCGAGGACUUUCACUUGCCUUUGAGCUUGCAUUCUAUCUCUGCGAAAACUCCUACUUGGCGCCGGUCAAUGGCAAGAUACAACGUGUAGGCCGAGUCACUUGUGGCCCUUGUGACUCCCUAUUGCAUAAACUCUGUCUCCGAAUGAAGACUGAAUAUCCCAAUUUUGAACCGGAAGUACAUUUUUUUCGUGUAAACGACCAACGGAAGCAUUUCGAAGUAGAUGAUGACGGCCUCAUACCUCACUUGUUGCGAACCCGAGAUCUACUAUUAAGCUGGAUAGAAGGACCAUCUGCUGCGCAGGCUAUUUAUGAUAGCACGAAGGGAUUCAUAUUGAUCGAUUAUAACCGAAUAGUAGAAAAAUUACAAUCUGCUGCGGCAAAAAACCACACUGGCCCUGCACGCAACUCAAAUCUCUCUGGUCACUUGGUUCCCAGUGUCGAAAAGAGCCUCCCACAGGUCAAACGUCUGUUGUCUAUGGCCGGUGGCAAGGGAUUAGCUUUCGACCUGCUUCUGUUUGCUGGUCGGCACUCGUAUGUCGAAUGCAGAAAGGACGCUCUGGGUCGUAAAGUAACUGAAGAUUUCGACCAGGCUGCUGAUACUUUGCUUGUCCAAAUUGCAAAUGCUAUCAGGGAGGAGGACCAAGCUUUUAGGCCUGUUGAUGCCAUGGAAAUGCUUCACGAGGAGAUUGAGACCACUGGUCAUAUUGGAUAUUUCCCGCAAUCUUAUAAGCUUUUCUCGUCUUGGAUGCCAGAAGUAGGAAAGUCUCAUGUACAAAAAGACUACGAUGAUCUAUACGCAAAAAUCAAAAAUGCCCAUGCUGCUGUUGAGCGCAGACUCCAAGUUUUCGUCAAAGAUGGAUCUCGCCCAACCGUGGAUCUGCUUGGCAGAAAAAUGCUUGGAUUCAUUGAUGAUGUUAAUAAACUCAGCACAAAGUUGAAUGGGCUAAUUCCUGCCAUAGAAAUCGCACUCUUCUUGGCUUAUUUCGUUGCAAGAGGGACUUCGAUUCUCUGGGAGACGAUUGCUUGAAGGCACUACUUCAAAGAGUAAUUGACGCCA